GCAUUUUCUGAUAAAAUAUGGGAGCUGAACUCAGAAUAGACUUACCUAGCUCACACAACGUUAUCACUUUUGGUCCGCACGAUCCUCAUAAGGAGCUAAGAGGGAUAGCCCAUCUGUCUUUACCUUCAGCACGUUCUAUCAAAUCAAUCGAUGUCGAAUUUAAAUGCGUUGAAGAGGUACACCUUAGUUCGGGAAAGGAAAAGCAUGAGUUACUCUCUGAACGCUUCAAUUUAUAUGGACAGAAAGUUUUAGAAAAGGGCACACACGAAUUCGACUUCUUCUUCAACGUUCCGAAUUGCUUCGUCUAUGAGAGGCACUCACAUGGUACCUGCCAUCAGUUUUUAUAUGCUACUGUCCAGUUCGACGAAUGGAUCGCUUUUCCUCUUACACACAAGUUAGAUUUACUCUUCGCGGCACAUCCACAUGGCUGGGGAUAUAUCCCCUUUGGCGAGAGUGUACAGAAUCACAUUGACGGUUUAGGACCGAUAGAAGUUGCAUUCAAUACGCGGCAUCUUACUGUCAGUUGCGUCAUAGAGACAACCCUCCAUCUACCAAACGCAGAAAAAGAUCUGCAAAUACAUGGUCUACGGUUGAGCGUUGAACAGAGUACUAUCUUAUGUUCGCGUUCAAAUCCCAACCUGGUUGAGAAAUUACCGCCACUUACAUUGCCAAUGUUAAACAUCGGUAGUAAUAAACUCACCACCAAUAUCCUUCCUGAGCGAUUGAGUACAGCAUACCCAAUCAAAGGCCGUUAUCUUGCACGCUUCCCAGAUGACCAAUUACUCAGAGGUAGCUCUUUUGAAUUCGUCGACAGUGCUAUUAAACAUCAGCAUAAACUCCUUUUGGAGAUUUGGCACAGCACAUACACAAAAAAGCAAGUAUUCAAAGCCAGGAUAGCAAUGCCUGUUAGGAUUCCUCAUUGUCUUCUCUCUUUUGAUUCCGUUCUGCUACCGAAAUAUGAAGAUCAUGUUAAAACCAAGCAACUACGUCAGAAUGAUAAACGUGAUUAUGCUGGAAUUGGUAAAGAAAAGCAGGAAAGCUGUAACUGCACAAAGACAUAUGAAGAGGCUAAAGCCGUUGCUAUGUCUAUGUACGAUAUUGUGUCGCCCAUUGAUAGAAAUACAGGCGUAUCCAACAAAGAGGGGUUCUGGAUUUCUCCAGAAGAUAGAGAGCUUACUAAGAAAGGUGAUCCACCAAAAUACCUAUAUGUUCCAGAAGAAGAGCACGAAAGUAUGUUUUAGGAUAUGUGAACACUUGUUACUCUUAUAGACGUUAUGUUGUUUAAUCUGUUAAAAAUGUAUGUAAUUUUUAAGU